AUGGUGUUCGGGGGAGGCGGUGGGGGACGGGCGGCGCUGCCGGCGGCGCCUCCGGCGGGCGUGGCGGCGGCGAGCGGGGAGGGGGGGCGCGCGGAGGCGGCGGGCGGGGCGGCGUGGGCCGGGGGCGCGGUGCCGGGCUCGGCCGCAGGCGGUCGCCCCGCGGAGGGGGGCGCGGAGGGGAGACGCGGGGACAAAGCCCGAGGCCGAGGCCACCGCCACCGCCGCCGCCGCCGCCAACUCCGCGCUGGCAGGUGGCGGGGGGGGGGCGCGAAGAGAAGGAGGCCGCGGCAGCGACUGGGUUUGGCCCGGCGCGGCUCCCGUGGACUAGGGGCCGCACAGGCGCCGCUCCCCCAUUGGGCACGAAAGCAAAAGCCUCGCCGCCAUUGGCCGCCCUGCCUCGCCAUCCCCGCCCACCGCUUUGACAAGCCCGGAAUGGAGCGGCGCCGCCUCGUGGGGGAGGGGGCAGGAAGGCGGGGUUGGGAGGGAGAGUUCCCCUCGGAUUCGCCGGCCGCGUUGCCGUGGCGAUCGCUUCUGGCCCCGCUGAUUGGCCGGGCUGUGUCUCCGUGGUGGCAGGGAAGAUUACGAGCGCAGGUGAUGUAGCCACAUGGAAUUACUCAGACUUUCAUCCAGCAGUGCAGUUUCAGUACUUUAUUUUGAAAGUCUCUUUAAUAGCUAGU